CACAGCGGCAAGUGGAGAGGGGAGUAGUGGAUGAGUUGUCGUUUUGUAUUAAGUGACUAGAACAUACUCCUGCUCACGUUUGAGUGAAAAUGUCGUCAGUCAGCGAAGAACUUAAAAGCCUUGUAGUACAGUUAUACGAAAUUGAUGCUUUAAAAUUCGGGGAUUACAAGAUGAAAGUGGGAAUUAAUUCCCCAGUGUACUUUGAUCUGAGAGUAAUUGUGUCACAUCCUUCCCUGAUGAGUGUACUGUCAAAACUUCUCUGGAACUUUGCACAAAAUCGUGCAAAAUGUAACCACAUUUGUGGCGUUCCAUAUACAGCUUUACCUAUAGCAUCUCUCAUAUCUGUGAAUGCAAACAUACCAAUGCUUAUACGAAGGAAAGAAACCAAAAGCUAUGGCACCAGAAAACUGAUUGAAGGAAAAUUUAAGAAAGGUGACACAUGCAUAAUUAUCGAGGAUGUGGUUACCUCUGGCUCGAGCAUCUUGGAUACCUAUAGGGAUUUGACACAAGAGGGCCUUGUUGUCACAGAAGCAGUCGUUGUUGUUGAUAGAGAGCAAGGCGGUACACAAAAUGUUGCUCAGUAUGGAAUACAAAUGAGUAGUCUAUGCACUCUUUCACAGAUUAUGGAUAUUUUACAUGAGGCUGGAAAAGUGGAUAUGUCUGUUGUGGACAGUGUAAGAAAAUACAUAUCAGCAAGUCAGAUUCCUCUGAUCAAUUACAUUAAUACUACAGUUGCACCUGCAGAUGAGCAAUCAAACCGCCUAACGAUGUCAUUUGCACAACGUGCUUCCUAUGCUGGCAAUUCUGUAGCUGCAGAACUUUUUGCUGUAAUGACGAAGAAGAAGAGCAACUUAUGCUUAGCUGCAGAUAUGCCAAAAACUACAGACUUGUUAACUUUGGCCAGAGCUGUAGCUGAACACAUAUGUCUCUUGAAAAUACACUGUGAUAUUAUUGAAGAUUUUAGCAAGAGUUUUGUACAGGAAUUAACAACACUUGCUAAAGAGCAUAAUUUCCUCAUUUUGGAGGACAGAAAAUUUGCUGACAUAGGUCACAUAAGUACCUUGCAGUAUUCCACUGGAACUCAUCACAUAGUAUCCUGGGCUGAUGCAGUGACAGCCCAUGCACUACCGGGUGAUGGAAUACUAAAUGGGCUCAAAUCUCAGAUUGGUGGACGCAAAAGGGGAUGUUUUGUAGUUGUGGAAAUGAGUUCUGAAGGAAAUCUAGCUUCCCAGCAGUAUAUAUCUGAUGCAUUGGAUAUGUGUUUGAAACACGAAGAUUUCGUAUGUGGAAUAGUUUGUCAGAGUCCCCUCCUGCUACAGUCACCGGGCAUAGUUCAGUUGUCACCUGGUGUCAGUCUAAGCCAAAAAACAACAGACGGCCUUGGGCAGCAAUAUACAACACCAGAAGAUAUUGUAUUGGUAAGAGGUGCAGAUGUAGUCGUGGCUGGGAGAGCUAUAUCAGCCAGUGAUGACCCAGUGGCCUCUGCAGCUGAAAUACGUUCACGCCUGUGGAAUGCAUAUGAACAGCGCAUAAAAAUAAGUGACCAAACUGAAUAAAUGAGAUAAUGGAACACUCGGUGUUAUCAAUCUCCAAUGUUUUGUAAAAACCUUAAGUAUUAUUUGAAGUAUAUUGUAUUCCCACCUCAGAAUUAAUUAUAUUCUGUUAUUUUCAAAUAGUUUACCCUCAUUGGAUUUAAGAUUUUGUAAUGAUUAAUAAUUGAAUAAUUCAUCCAUUAGAUCCAUAGUCAAUAAUUUGAAAAGCAGCAGUUGUGCCAUGAGAUGAACCUUGCUCCUCUUCUUUUUAAAUCAGAUCUGUUAAGAAAACACCUGUUAGGUCUCAAGUCUGUUUUAUAGUUUUGUCUAUGUAUAAACAUAAAUACUGUGGUGAUAAAAAAUGCAAAAUUUCUUUAUAUUGAUGUUUUGCUUUGGAAAAAGGUUGAUGCGUAUAUAUUGCUGUUAUUGUAGGUAUAUUUACUUGAACAGUUAAUAACCACUCUUAAUGCUUUCAAAUUAGAUUUCUUCACCAUUACCUUCACUUUUUUAAAAUUUUUUUAUUUAUUUGUUGUUUUUAUUUUUUUAAUUAAAUAGUCACCAUCCUCUCUCCCAUUCCACUCUUCUCCCCUCUUUCAUCAAAUUUCUGUUAGGUCUAUACCCUACAAAUAGCUAUAGCUAGAUUGCUUUGUUCUGGCAGACCGACUUUCAAACGUUGUUGGCAACAUAGCACAGAAUUCCUAACAUUAAAUUCUGAAAGGUAAGGUUGCUGUCAACUGUUGGUUUGAACACCACAAUAUUUUCUUACUCAAGGUUGAAGUGGUAUCUCCAUUUCUCUCAUGUGUCAUAAUAUGUGUAUGCAGUUUCUUAGUAAUGUAAAAACUGAGUACUACUGAAUCACAUUUUUUCAGAAAGAAUUGUACCAGGGCCAUUCUUUUGGACACAAUUUUGUGGGCCCACCUUCUCUGUAUAUUGCAAUACUUUUUGUUUAUAUUUUUUCAUUGUAAAGUCCACAGUGUCAUUUUUUAUCUGUACUACACAUAAAUUCAUAAGUAUUUGUAUUCUCACCUCAGAAUUAAUUAUAAGCUGUUAAUAUUCAAAUAGCGUAUUGUCAUUGGGCUGUAGAUUUUUAAUGAUUACCAAUUGAAUAUUUCACCCACUAGAAAUAUUUGUUAUUUUUCAUAUUUGUAUGAAGCGAUUAACUUAUUUUGGCUGGCAAUUGUGUAAAGCUCAUCUUUUGCCAUAAGAAUCUCAUUAUAAUCAAAUAUCUGAUCCGAACAUGACCAUUAUAUAUCCCAGUAGAUAAAAUAUUUAUUUUCUCAUAUGAAUGUCAUAUCUGUGUUACAACAAUAUUAUAUGAAAAUGAUAGUUGCUACUAGCCAUAUAGCGGACAUACUGAGUCGCAGAUAGGUACAACAAAAAUAUUGUCAGAAAGUGAGCUUUCGGCCAACAGACAACACAAGCAAAUGCGCAUGGCUCCCUCCCCUCCCCCCCCCCCCGUCCCCACCCCACUAUGCGCGCGCGCGCACACACACACACACACACACACACACACACACACACACACACACACACACACACACACACAAAACCAACCAUAGUCCGGCCACUGAGGCCAGACUCAAUAAUAAAUUUAUACAGGAGCAUGUGGGAUUGAUUCUGGCUAGGGACAAGGAAACUUUUCUGUAUUGAAUGCAGAUGGAUGGAGCAAGGGUCCGCAGUGGCGGAUAAAACUAUGUAAAUAACAUAGAAAUACGUGAAAAAAAAAUUUUUCACAAAAAUACACCCAAACAGGCGUAGAAAAAAGGAAAAGGAUGGAAUGAGUGAAGUAAGGGGAAAGAAGAUGAAAUCUGAGGGAGUAGGCUGAUAGUAAAGACAGAAACUAUCUGAAAUUGGUGUGAAGACACAAUGAAAUCAAAGAAAAAAUAAAUUAAGAGAUAUUAAUGUGUGUUGCAGUACUGUGGGUGGAUAAGUGUGGAGAAGGGGGACGGCAGAUGUGACUAGAUUAAGUGAAGUAAGUAGGUGCAAAUUGGAAUAGAGAGGAAAAGGAGUGGGGGUGGAGAGGGGUUGGUAGGAUGACUUAAAAGUUCAUGUGGCACGGGAGGGUAGAGGAAAUAACAUGCGAGAGUGACGCAGGAGCCUGGCCUCAGCAUCUCUCUCUCUCUCUCUCUCUCUCUCUCUCUCUCUCUCUCUCUCUCUCUCUGUGUGUGUGUGUGUGUGUGUGUGUGUGUGUGUGUGUGUGUGUGUGUGUGUGUGUGUAAGAAGGCCUUGUUGAGACUGAAAGCGCACUUUCUGUUGUGCCUAUCUGCGACUCAACAUCUCUGUUCUAUGGUGAGUAGCAACUAUCCUUUUCAUAAUAUUGUUGCAUUCCAUCCUGGAUUUUUCAUUGUUUCAUAUCUGUAUUAGAUUUUUGCUCAUGUUGUCCUUUUAUCAUCCAUUUCUCACAUUGUUUAAAUCUGCAUUGCAUCACAAGUAAUUAGUAUUUUUAAGUUUUGAGAUGGAUUUUGAUGCUCAUUAAGUAUAGAAAUAUACGAGGUGGUAGCACUAUAAUUCUUGUGUAGUCUGCAAGUUAACAUUCCACAAAGAUUUUUUUUCUGUACUUAGGGCAGCUGUGGUUUAUAAGGGAGACCAGAGUAAAGAUAACCUCCUCGCUUUUGAAAAGAGGUACCAGACAAAUAAAAGGAAAAAAUCUUUUAUAUGUGUUGUUUAAAUAAAAGAUUUUUUUGUUGUUUAAAUGGAAGAUUUUUAUUGUAUUCUUUUUUAUAAAUUGUGGCCAUUUUCAAACAUUCUUAUCCACUUUCAUGUAUGAAAAAUGAAAACAUAGGUUUUAUGAAUAGUUAAAAAAUUCUAUUUUCAUAAGCAGUAUUUUUAUAAACACAAUUUGCGUUCAGAUACCCAUUUUCUGUUGUGUUAGUGGAGUAAUGCAUGUGGUGGUAUGCUGUGGUUGCACACUGUAUUUAUCUAGAACAAGAAAUUCUUUUAUUCUUAUUCCCUAGUGAGGUUUCCUACUUAGACUAAGUUUACUCUUCAAACAGUUAAAGGGAAACUUCCAGUGAAAACUGAAGGUACAUGGAUGAAAAUCUCAACUCUAGAUUGUCCUCAUAUUGGCAGAUAAAAAAACAAAACUGCAUUCCCAUUGCUGUCAGUGCAUGAGGUUGACUUGACACAGAUUGUCUUAAAAGUGUGUGGCAUUUUAAUAUGCUUAAAAACGAAAUAUUAAUAUCACAAGCAUUCCAUCAGUGGACUUAACUUAAUUGUUUUGAUGUUGUUAGGGUAUUGGUGUAUAAGUGGCAAAUCUUUUGUUAUGACACUCAUCGACAUUACUUCAUAGGUUGUGGGUUUGAGGACUUACUGCCAAUGGUCUUACUUGCUGCAUGUCAUUUUGUGAUCAUAUUAAACUUAGUUUCCACCUCCCCACUCAGACCAACAUCUCAGUCCCAGUGUAAUGUUAAUGGGAGAGCACAAGGGAUAAAAGUAACAUCACAUGUAGGUGCAGCAGUGUUCUCUCAUUGUAAUCAAAUCACAUAUUGGUUCUCUUCUCGUAGUGUUUUGAAGUUUUUAAUUUACAUGUGCACUGAAAAGUGAAAUUUUGAGUGGAUAUAAUUAAUUACUUUGAAAAUGCACUUUCUGAAUGAUCGAAACCAAUUAAAUUAUAUUUAGUAAAGAGUUUAAAUUAUCUGUCUUUCUUACCUCAUGACUUUAUUGUGCAGAUCCAUAACAUUAUGCAGCCAGUGAAAUUAAAUUGUAAAUGUAUCAUAAAUUUUAAAAUCAUUUGUAUUUUGAGCACACAAUGUGUGUGUAUAUAUUCAAAUAAAUCGUGAUUAAAGAGCUUAUAUUAAUAGGUGUAAUGAAAUGAAAUGACCUAAGAGUAUCACUGCCUGUAGUGCUCAUACUUUAAGAAAAGUGGAAUUGUUGCAUUAGUAAUGCCUUAGUAACUGUAAUGCCUGAAAAUAAUCUGUACAAUUUCAGAAAAAUGUUGCACUUAAUGAAUAAAUGUCAGGUAUAUCUAAUAACGUACAGUUGCUUAAAUUUAAGGGCAACAUAAAUUGUUUCAUUGUAAGUAUAUCAGUUGUGUGCUCCUGUAUGGAAUUGAUAUUGGGUAUUGUUGCAAUAAUUUCUAACUGUAUUUUUUAAAACACUUCUUUGUACUGACUACUGAAAGACUGUACUAUUGUGCCUGAAAUUGUAAUAUUUUGAAAUUCCAUUUUAAUUAUGAAUAAACAAAAUAAAAAUACAA